CUUGUGAACGAGUCUCGUACUUAGUGCCGGUAGACUGUUGCAGAUGAACGUCUUGGCUUGACGGUAAAGCUGUCCGUCAUGGAUGUGAACAAAUACCCAGUUUUCUUCGAGGUACACAACCUUGACAUAGAUCAGAAGGAUAGGAUCGAGAAAUAUUUUCAAAUUCGAAGGCGAUCAGGUGGAGGGGACUGUGGACCGGUGGAGAAAGUUCGAGACAACAUUUACAAGAUCGCGUUCCAUAAACAAAAAGACCAGCAGACAGUGCUGCAGAAACGGGAUCAUGUUGUGGAGAUCCAAGGAGGUCCUCUCACCCUCAUCAUGCUUGGGAGUCACGAGCCAGCGUUGGAGGCUUCUCUCAGCACUGCCCCAAGCAACACCCCCAAACAAAGGGGCAGCUCCUUCCAUGAGGCACUUUCGCCACCUGGUGGUGACAAGCACACAGUGCAGCUGAAUACCUACUUGCAGCAGUACCUGAGGGAGAUCCCCAGAGCUCAGAGGCACCUCCAGCAGCAGCUGUCCUCCCUGGGCUGCACCCUCCAGCUCCCCCUGGUGGACGGACAACCAGUGGUGGUGGUCAAGUGUUCAGGCCAGGCUGGGGCCGAGGGAAAUGAGGGUGGGGAUGGGCUGGAGGGGUGGAGGAAGGAGGUGGACAGGCUGUUUGAGGAGGACUACUUACACCACUUUGAGGUGGAACCGUUGAAGAUCCAGAAACUACUCCUUGUGAGCAUAUGCCAGGAUGACGAGGCGGGGGUCAAGGUGUACAGUGAGACGGGUCAGGGCUUUGUGGUGGUGGUGGGCGAGACCUCCCAGGUCCGGGCCCGACUUAGUGACCUGGAGGUCACCACGCAGUUAGAAGGUCAGGGGUUCAGGGUCAACCCGGAGAAGACCAGCACCAUCUGUCGGCUGGGGGAGGCCAAGCUCCGCCUCCUGGGGCAGGGGCUAGAACAGGAAGUGAGCCGAGCCGCUCCCGGUGUGCGAGUGACUCGGAGGAGUCCGGGUGAGCUCGCUAUAGAAGGCUCGCCCGCCGAGGUUCUGAAGGCGAGAGACACGGUCUCCAAGAUGGAGUCCCAGGUUGAGGAGAGGGCCCUGGAGCUGCCCUCCCUUCUCAUGGCCUUCCUGAGGGAGAGGUACAGCGGCCCGAGGGCGCUGGAGGGCUUCAUGGGCUGGGGGCGUCAGGUGGAGGCGCAGCUAGGCAACACGGAGCUCCACCUGCUGUCCCUCUCCUCGGACAAACUCGCGGAGGCCGAGAAGGCCCUCCGCCUUGAGUUCACCGAGGAGAAGAUCCACGUGCCCAGCUGCUCCUCGACCCCGCGGGAGCUGAGGUCCACGCUCGAGGCCAAGGUGAGACGAUCAGCCGGUAAGGUGUCGGUCUGGUUCGGUUCAGGAUCCCAGGUCCAUCUCCUGGGCCAUGCCGAGCAGGUCCGGGAGCUGAGAGAGGAGAUCGGCGAGUUUCUGAUCGAUCGAGCCAUUUCGGUGGAGAGGAUCGCGGUGCCCUGUCAGGAGAUAGCGGACCACUUCCUGGAGCUGCUGGAGAGGCUGGACCUGCAGGACCCAGAGGUGGAAGUCCUCCCUGACGUGGUCUCCACAUCCUCCGACCUUCCCUCCGUGGUCCUCCAAGGACCCUCCAAGCAAGUGGCCCAGCUCCUCAGCCGGCUCCACCCAGCUUUGAUAUCCCUGGUCAGGGAGAGCAUCACCAUCGACCAGCCCGGGGCCCUACGCUACUUCCAGGGCCAGGGUAAGGAGUACCUUCAGGUGGUCGGCCGUGCCGAGCGCUGUGUCGUCCUGCUGGAGGGACAAGGAAGCUUCCCCGGCGUCACUCCCAGCGCCGCCUCGUUUCCCAGUCCAACCAGGUCGCGGCUCGAGGACGUCCCGGCCGCGAGAUACCCCCUCCCGGGCGGCCUCCUGGUGGAGGUCCGUCAGGGCGACAUCACCAAGGAGCGGGCGGACGCGCUCGUCAACGCCGCCAACGAGGACCUGGAUCACGGCGGGGGCGUGGCGGCGGCGCUGAGCCGGGCGGGCGGCCCCGAGGUCCAGCGGGCGAGCACCGCCCUGGUGCGGCAGGUGGGGAAGCUGUUCGCGGGGGCGGUGGUGGAGACGGUGGCGGGAGACCUGCCCUGUAAGAUGCUGCUGCACGCCGUGGGGCCAGUAGAGGGCCGAGUCGGGGGCAAGGAGAGGGUCUUGCUGGAGAAGACGGCGAGGGCCGCCCUGGAUCUGGCGGCGGCCAUGGACCUCCAGACCCUGGCCAUGCCCUGCAUCAGCUCUGGGAUCUUCGGGGUGCCCGUCGGGGUAUGUGCGGAGGCCAUCGUCACGGCGGUGAAAGGGUUCAGCGGGGAACAGCACGGCAUGACCAAGGUGACCCUGAUAGAUGUUAGUGCAGAGGCGGUGAGGGCCAUGCAGGAGGCCUGUGAUAGGCUACUGGGACAGAGGGAGACAGGGGCGGAGAGGGAGAGAGAGAGGGAGAGAGAGAAGGGCAGAGAGAGGGAGUCUGGGCUGGAUACAUUGCCCGGCCCAAGCCCCUCUCCCCAGGACAACCAGGGAGAUGCAGCUCCACCCCCGGCCAGAGGAGCAGCAGAAGCCUGGGUCACGGUGAAGAUCAUCCAGGGAAGCAUUGAGACACAGCAGAUGGAUGCCCUGGUGUGUCCCAUGCUGGGUAGCGACCCCCUAUCCUCCCGGGUGGGGAAGGCCCUGUCUGAGGCCGCGGGGCCGGGCCUGAAGGCUGCCUUCUCCAGGGAGGCUGUGGGGCCCAUAGGCCCCGGGGACAAGGUCCUGGUUGAGGGUCUGUCUGGACUCAAAUCUGGUCGGGUGUUCUUCAUCAGCUGUGCCCCGUGGGACAACAACCCUGAAGGACCAGCUGCACAGGCUCUGAAGCAGGGCAUUCGCAGGGUUCUGUCCUCGUGUGAGAACCUAGGCUUCGGUUCCAUUGCCUUCCCUGUGCUCGGAACCGGUAUGGUUCUGAAGUUCCCCCACAUCAUAGCAGCCAGGGUGCUGUUGCAGGAGAUACAGGGACACCAGCAGACCCGAACCAGCAGAACUCCCUUCUUGAUUCGUAUUGUUGUCCAUCCCAACGACACGGAGGCUUUCAAGGCUUUCACGACUGCCCAGGGUGCAUUGCGUCUCAGAGGGGUCACUAUAGAAGCUCCACUAAACCAAACCCCUCCCACUCCUACUUCAGCCACCCCUGCCUUGACCUCACUCAGUGAUGUCACGGUCAUGGUGGAAGGAGUCAAGUUCCAGCUGAUCUCUGGCGACAUCACAACCGAGUACACUGACGUCAUCGUCAACACAACAGACUUCUCUCUGCAAAACCAAACAGGUGUCUCCAAAGCCAUCCUAACAGCUGCUGGACCUUCCGUCCAGGCCGAGUUGGCACAAGCUGGGAAGCCUGCAGACCACAUCUGCUCCACAAGGCCCGGUCUCCUGCCCUGCAAGGAGAUCGUCCACGCCAGCUUCUGGUGUGAGGCUCCGAAGAUCAGUAAGACCUGUGGGAAGAUCCUGAAGCUUUGCGAGAGGAAGGGCUACCGGUCUGUGUCCUUCCCAGCAGUCAACACGGGUGCUGGUGGGAUCGACUCUGUCACCGUGUGCAGAGCCAUGAUGGGUGGCCUGGUCUGCGCAGUCAGGAAGCUGACCCCUAAGACCCUCUGCCUGGUCCGAGUGGUCAUCCUGCAGGACAACAUCUUCCAGGCUUUCAGAUCUGAGCUUGCGUCUCGUCCUCUGGAAACUGUUGUUCUACCCCUCACCCUUAAAGAGAAAGCCCACCUGGUGCUCAAAAAGACCAUGAAGCUGGGCUCGUUGUCUUCCCCUCCAUCCUCCUCCAGCUCCCCCUCAGCCCCCUCGGGCCUGUCCGUGUCCCCCUGGAAGCCCCCCCCAGCGGUGCUGGUGGUCCUGGGGCCAGAGUCUCAGGCUGUGACCCGGGCCAGGAGAGAGCUGGAGGCCAUUCUGAUGAAGCAGCUCGAACGGAAGGAGGUGGAGGGGAAGGACCUGCGGAUCCUGGAAGAGCCGGAGCUCCGGGCCUUCCAGGAGUCAGUCCGGGCCCAGGCGGUGAGCCUGGAGCUGGGGCAGGGCAGGCCGGCGGCGGCCAGGCCUGGAGUUGGCGACAACAUCAAUUACGUCCUCCGGGGCCUGGGCGAGGACGUGCUGAGCGUGUAUAACCUCCUCCAACGGGGCCUCAGUGGUGCCCUUCGCAGGGACCUCGAUGAGCGAAACGAGGCCCUUGUGGCUUUUAUGGUCCAGUGGUCUCUGCAGGGACCCGGGGACGUCUGGAAUGAGCUGGGGCUGAACGGCAACUACAUGCUGGAGCAGGCCCACCUCGAGGGCCUGGUGGAAGUGGAGGUGUUUGGUCUCAAUAGGGAAGUGUUGUCUGUGAACCUGAGGACCAACCUGGCAACCGACUGCCGCACUGGACGCGUGUACAAAAUGAAAAGGGAGGAGAGCAAAACGCUGCCACAGCACUGGGAUCCCAUGGCUGAAAAGGAGGUACUAAAGAAGGUUGAGCUGUCUUCAGGAUCACUGGAGUACAAGACUGUGGCUCAGGGCUUUCUGACAACCGCCGGAAACUUUACCAUCCGCAAGAUUGAGCGUUUGCAGAACUUCUUCCUGUGGCAGGCCUAUUCUGUGUGUGAGAAGCGAAUCAAAGCCAAGAACGGGGAGAGUGCUGUGGGUGAGAAGAUGCUGUACCACGGCACCAAGAAGGACAGUUGUGCCUCAAUAGAGAUGUCGGGAUUCAACAGGAGCUAUGCUCACAUCACUGCAUUCGGAGUGGGCACGUACUUUGCGGUGAAGGCUAGCUACUCAGCCAAUGACAGAUACUCUCCGCCGCAUGACGGCGUAAAGCGCAUGUACGUGGCUCGCGUCCUGACCGGCCGCUACACGCUAGGAAACGGCACCAUGAAGGUCACCCCGCCUCGCGGCUCCGACCCCACUGACUGCUACGACAGCCUGGUGGACAACCAGCAGAUCCCCAGCAUGUUUGUCAUCUUCCACGACGACCAGGCCUACCCAGAGUACCUCAUCACCUUCUCCUGAAAACCUGCCACUCUUUCCUCUGGGCUGGUCUGGUUUGAUCUGGUCUGGUCUGGUUUGAUCUGGUCUGGUCUGGUUUGAUCUGGUCUGGUCUGGUUUGAUCUGGUCUGGUGAGACUUCCCUUCCAUCCCAUUCUUUGAUUCCACAUCAGUGCUGCUGGGUGCUUGUGGUUCAGUCUGAGGGAAGCAUCGUCACUAACAUUAAAUAUGUAUUGAUGCAAAUGACCAAAUUUCCUUCCUCACCUAUAUUUUUCAUGGUCUUUUAUUUCGGAUUAUUCUACUUUCAUUCUUUCCACGUUGUUUUGAGCCAAGUGUAGAAUCUGUAUCACCUGGAGGGUCUGUCUGGUCACACAAUAAAGCAUCAGAAAAAAAGCUAUGCCGUAUUGUAAAAGUAAUCGACUGGACAGUGAAGAGCUCUGUCCUUAAACCACUGAUCAGUUAACAACAAAUAAAGAUAAUGAUUACUUUAUUACCUUUAUACUGUUUGAAAUGUUCUGAAUAUAAU